AUGGACUUUUCCCAAUCUGACCUCCCCAAUGUGGAGGAUCUCCUUCGUUCCGGGAGGCCGUUUGUCCCUUUCUCCGAGUUCUCGAUUCGCGAUCUACCUUACUGUGAUUCCCCCGAGUUGUGGGUUGAAGACAAGCUGCAGCAAGGCCAACCGUUUAUACUCAGGGGAUUUCAGGGGUUAGAUUCCCUCAAGGAUGUCUUGAACAAUAGAAGCUUGGUUUCUUUGUCGCCUUCGGGAGCAAUACCCGUGAGAAACUGUCAAACUGGACGUGAUGUUAGAAUGCGACUUCGUGAGCUCCUAGUCCAGACUGAUAACAAUGGGAGCGAUGGCAAGAUUCGCGAACAGCUGUAUGCAAAAGACCUGAAUUGUCCCCAUGCAUGGGUAAAAGCACUUGAGGUUGCAUUGCCUUCUUGUUUGAGACAACUGGGGUCGUUUGAUCUUUUUCGAGUUUUGCCAAAGGACAUUGCCUCCGAGGUAUUGAUGGCUUAUGUCGGGACUCGGAAAUCUUUCUCUGGAUUCCAUCGAUGUUUUAGCGGAACGGUUGCCCUUAAUCUCUUGAUCGAAUCCGAAGGGUCUGACAUCGGCUCAAUAUGCUUUGGAACGGAUCAAAAAUCUCAAGCCAAAUACGAUAUCUUCAUGGAAGAACUGGGGAAGUCGCCUCACACCGACUGGACCAACGUCUCCAUCGCACAAUUACGAUAUGCCGAUUUUCCGAUCUACGUCGCCAAUCAAAAACCUGGAGACUUGGUGGUAUUUCCUUCAGCCACUUCCCAUCAGAUCUGGAACAUUAGCUCUAUGGUCACUAAGAUGGUCUGGAACAUUAUGCAUACCUCUUCACUUACGUCUUUCUUUGACUACGUUCAGCCGGUUUAUCAAAGACAAUGCCACUCAGACACGGGCCGUGUUCCUUUGAUCCCACUGUAUGCACUGGAGAGUGGAGUAUACACGAAGGAUGAGCUACCUUGCAUUUUACAAAUGUUUCAACGCUUGGUCGAUGAUGAGGAUACUGGGUCCGAGAUCUCUGCGCCGAUCAAAACGGUGGAUACACAAGGCGCCGUGGUGGAAUGCAAUUUUUGCGGGAUAACAAUUUGGAAUCGACAUAUGCACUGCGAGAAGUGUGGAGAUUUCGAUCUGUGCCUAACCUGUUUUGUAUCUGGCCGGAGCUGUAAACAUGUCAUUGACUAUACCUGCACCGAGAUCGUCUCAAGGGAACGUUGCUUAGAGAUUAUCAAAACUGCUCGAUCUGACUCUGGAAGCUCUAGUCGAAGCCGUGAGUCACUAAGGCAAAAAUCGUUGGGGGCUCUGGCUAUAGCUGCAGCAGAUGCACGCCGCCAGUCUACGGAGCGACUCUGCCACCUAUGUCGUGACAGCCACGCUGUAUGGAAAGGCGUGACAUGCUCUAAAUGUUCAGCCUUUUUCUGUUUUCGUGGUCUUCACCGACACUUUGAUAUUGAAUUGAUCCCUCUUUUGAGAAACGAGGACCCAUGGUCUUGUCCCAAAUGUUCGCAAGCUUGCAACUGCCGAUGUUGUCAUUUUUCUCGGCCGUACAAGAGCAAGGAAAAGCCGGUCAGAUCUCGUGUCAAGCCGAUUGACUCUCGGGGCCGUAUUCUUGGCUUUGUAGACAAUGUCUUCGACCAGAAACGGGGGAAGAGGGCUAGCAUAGCCACGCAAGCUGCCUCACCACAACCAGCCACCCCCCUUCGAGGACAGAAGCGACGAAGGGUAGAGAGUGAGGAAAACCCUGGCUCUGAACAAAGCACAUUGGCCAGAACGAGGACUUCUCCGAUUGGCAGCUCCGAAACACCCGGUGGGCAUAUGUCAGACAUGAAUGAUCUCAACCGCCCUACCACGGAUUUGAGAUCAGUUGAGUCUCUGAGGAGUACAGGGCAGCUCCGAAUCAGUGACCUUGUAGAGGACAGAGUGCAAGCGCCUGACCCUAGAAAAUCUCGUCCUCAUUCAGUGUAUAAUCGCUCUAUACUAAGCUCUCUUCCUCGAGACACAUCUUACCAGCAGAAUGAACACGACAAUGAAGAUGAUAUUACAUUCUCUGCCACAGAAGAAGACAGCAUUCCUGCUCUCGAAAAGAAAAUCGAAGCUCUCCGUCGAUAUGCAGAGGAUCUUCUUGAGCUCUCAUUGAUAGAUUCGCAUGCCCAGCUUCUCGAAAGAAUCGCCCAGCUGAAGUCUCAGAUCGACCGGAGACGAAGACAGAAAGCAGAGCUGCUCUUCAGCAAUCUAAACAGGGAUUUUCCCGACUUAGCAACCGUUGCUAGGGAGGAAGCGCGACGGCGUGGCCUAUGA